AUGAAAAGAAAUCGUGUGAUGUCAACUGAUGGGGUUUUGGCUGUCAUUACAGACUAGCUCUUGACAGAAAACAAACCUAAAUUCAGAAAACUUACUAAAAAGCAAAUGAUGCAAAAGAAACAUACCAAUGAUUAAGAUUCCUCAUUUGAGAUUAUUGAAAAGAAUACUCCUUAAUUGAAGAAUACCAAAAUUAAAAUAACUAAACAAGCACUGGAUCAUUUUAUAAAUAAGACAUUUGUAGUUAUCAGCGAUGAUGAUGCUGAAAAGUUCGAUAAAAAUUCCAAUUCAAUAAAAAAUGAAACAACUUCCAGAUCCUCUUCAAUCUUAUCUUCCUCAAGCAGCAAUUUAGAAAAAUGUGACAAAGCAGAAAAAAAAGUCAAAUUAGGUGAGAAUUGA